GCGCACCGAGCCGUUGCGUUUGAACCCCACAGAAAGAAUACCAGGGCAAGACGGCCAGGGGCUGGGAGUUACUUGGCAAGAAAAUUGGUUCAAGCCCUCUGGAGAGCCUGGCCCACCCAGCCGAGACCGCGCCCUUUUAAGGACCGUGUCCCUUUGCGAAUAGGACCGCACACCGGCGCAGGGCUGCAGCGGGUGUCUGCGGAGGGUCCGCGGUAGGGCUGGCUGCCCUCGGCUCACUGGAGAUUGCUUUCUUGGGCGCACAGCGGCGGUGGGAGGCGGAGACAGAAGCGAAUAGACAGGAGAUAGGAGAUCUAAAGAGGGGACUCUGGGGUGGGCGGGGCCGUUGGGCCUCGGAGUGCGAGAGGUCCACCAAAGGCCCAAGUCAAAACCUUAUGGGGGGCUCCUGCCCCGCUGAGCCUAGCCCGGUGCCAGGCCCUUACCCAGCCGUCUGCGUCUGAGUGGCUUGGCUGAAAAUGGGCUGAGCCUCAGGUCCCGAAAGGGCACCGCCAGGGACUGUGGGGAGAGCCAGUAGUUCCCUCCAGCUGUUCCCAGAUGUCAUUUUGCCUGCCCAGGCACCUGAGUCCUGAGCUCCUCCAGGGGAUUCCACUGUUACUAAGCUACUGGGUUUGGUUGACUUUUAAAUAGUUUCUUCUAAGGGGGGGGCAAGAGUCAAGAAAGAGCAAAUAAAAACAAAUCAAAACAAGCCUCCCCUCCCCAAAAGAAAGCUGUCCCCCGACCCACCACCCCUACACAAAGCAAAGUCUUCCCCAGCCACCUGGCAGGAGCAACAGCCAGACAGAACUGAUCUCCCCAAGGCAGGUUCUCAGCUCCCUUUCUGGUGAAUGUGGGACAGCUGUGCACUGUCCCUCUGUCUUCAAGUCCUGCUUCUGGAAAGAAAGAUGGCCAGUGGGAAUGGGCUGCCUUCAUCCUCGGCCCUGGUGGCCAAGCGUCCCUCUGCCCUGGGCCCAUUUCCCAGAUUUGUCUGGAUCCACCAGGACACCCCCCAAGAUAGCUUAGACAAGACUUGCCAUGAAAUCUGGAAGAAAGUUCAAGACUUGCCUGAGGCCCUGCAGCCCAAGACCUACAUGGAGCAGCUCUCUGCCCCCACAGCUGGGACUCCAAGAGACUACUGUUUGGGCUUCCAAGAAGAAGCCCUGGACCUCAGCAGGAGCAGAGAUGAGAUUUCCCUGCUGGAAGAGCAGGAAUUCUUGAGCCUCACCAAGGAACACCUCAUCCUGGUCCCAGAGAGCUCAGAGGAGCUGAAGGCUGCUGACGAUGACCCCCAGGGGGCCAGAGAGCUGGCUCCUUGUGUUCUUGCUCCUCUCCUGGUGGCAAGCAGCACGGAGUACCCAGGAGCCUCCCUCACUGCUGGUGACAGGCUUCAGGAGCAGAAGGUGGCCAUGUCCAUCAUCGGCAGCCAGCAGGACUGUGAUUCUGCUGUGUCUACAGUCACAGGCAUCCUGCGUGCUGCCAAGUUCAGGAGUGCCAAGGGGACCGAGGAUGGGGGCCACAGCCUGGGUGACUGCAACUCGGAGAUCAGUAAGCUCUUCGCCCAGUUUCCACUGAAGUCUACAGAUAUGUCCAAAGCCCCCGAUAACAAGAUGGUGCUGGAGGAGGCAAGAGUCAUCAAGGACUUCCUGCAGAACAGCAUUUUUAGUGGCUCUGGACCCAAAGAGCCCACGGGGCUGGGCCCAUUCAUGCUACUGCCUCCUCCACCUCCUCCUGUACCCCCAGACAAGCUUGCUGAGCUCCCUGGCCAGAAGAAGCAACUCCCAGUGUUUGCCAAGAUCUGUUCCAAGGCUGAAGCUGACUCCACCACGGAGGGGCAUCACUUGAUGGAAUGGAACCCUGGCAUUAAGGAGUUGACCAAGAGUCAAGAGAGUCUCUUUCUCAGUCAUUGGCCCCAGAGCCAGAAGGACGUCUGUGGUGAGGACACUCACAGAGACCCUGUGGGCACCAUGCCCACCAAGAAGCCUGCAUGGCCAGCUGAGAAGAACCUGCUCUAUGAGUUCCUUGGGACCACCAAGAACCCAAGUGGGCAACUGAAGCUUUGCAGCAAAGUGGAGGUGGAUGGGCUGGAGCUGAAGUUUAACCCACAGGUAAUGGUUACAGAGAAGAACAACCUUAAGCACACAGGGAAUGUUUUCGCCCCACGCUUUGCCAGAGCCUUGACCUCAGCCAACAUGAACCAGCCACUCUGGCUCAACCUGAACUGCCCGCCUCCACCAGUGUUCACCAAUCAUUCUGCCUUCCCACAGUAUCAGGGCGUGUACCCGCAGCAGUCACCGAGGAUGCCCUAUCAGCAAGCUGUGCCUCCUCAGCUGGGUUGCUAUUCCCAACAGGUGACACUCUACAACCCACAGCAGAUGGGCCAGCAGAUCUUCCGCUCUUCCUGCACCCCCCUGUUGAGCUACAUCCCCUUUGUCCAGCCCAACUACCCGUACGCACAGAGGACACCUCAAAAGCUGCCCAACAAUCCCCGAGACCCUCCCCCCAUGGCAGGAGAUGGGCCGCAGUACCUCUUCCCCCAAGGAUACGGGUUCAGCUCAACGUCUGGUGGGCCCCCAAUGAACAGCCCUUAUUUUUCCUCCAGUGGGAAUGGCAUAAAUUUCUAGACUUCUUUUUUUCC